CUCUUCCUCUCUUCCUUCUUCUCUCAUCGCUGGCGUUGACCUUCUUCCUCUUCCCUCGCUCCAUCCAUCUCCGCACGCCUUCUUCAGCUGCUCCUUCAAGGGGCAUUUUAGCCGUCAGCUCCCUAGCCUCCCCUCCAACCCCUUCGAUUCUAUUCAGCUCGUUUCCCCCCAUUUGAUUUUUGAAACAGUAUAUUUUUGUCCCUUGUCUUGCUUCUCCAUUUGGUGCUGUCGCAGCUGCUGUUUCUCUUUUUUUUUUUUUUCCCUUUGCUUUUUUGUUUCUUUUGGUCGUCAUCCUUGACUGCUGUUGACACGAGCCAGUGCUUUACCCUUGUUUCUCCCACUUUUCUUUCAUUUUUCUUCUACAUUUCUCCAAGCCUUUGGACCCAUACGAAUCUAUCGAAGAAUCGUCUCGUUGCAUCCUCUCUUCUCGCCGGCAUGCGUGUUCGCCGUGGUUAAAAGCAUCGUCCACUCGGGGCGUUGUCUCAGCGGCUGUUUGUUUUGUUACAUUUCACGUCUUGAUUGUCCUCCUCUCUGCUCACUUUCCCCUCGCUUACACGUCCUGUUGUGAUCACUUUAGCGUCGCCGGAUCUUUAGAUCUAGACUUGCCCUCUCGCUUUCUCGACCUAUUUAAAGCCCACCCCCCUUCUUCGAACUAUAGAGCAAGUGUGUCAAACAUGGCCGCAUUGGUUCAAACGAUCCCCCAGCAAGCUACUACUAUCACCUUGCUUCAACCCCGUCCCGCCUCUUCCUCUGGCACCUCGCAAUUGCAUUCUCAGCAGCAGCAGCAACAAUACCAAAUGGCUCGGAAUAACCAACACCACCGGCAGUCCUACAGCGGCGUCGGCCCCGUCCCAGGCUACAGACAUUCCUCGUCGUCUUCCCCGUCAGCCCAGCCCGUCGCACCUUACGCCUUUACCAGCACUCCCGGUUUGGCCAACGCUGGUAACCAGUUAUCACGCCCACACAGCCUCUCCCAGAUGAAAGCGGACAGUUGGAGCCACGCGUCGCAGACCGACCUCUCCCCGACAUACCCUGGCGUUAUCCCCUCUCGUACACAUUACCAUCAUGCUGCUGGUUCGGUAUCUACUAAUUCUUCUGCAUCUGGCACAUCAUCCGCCCAUUCCUCACGUUCAAAGGAUGACCUGGCCUUGCCUUCCCGCCACCUGAAGCCAGACCGUGUUCCACGUCCCCUCUCUUCCAUAGAUAUGUCUUUGCCUUCUAUCCCCAUCUCAAUGCCUCCUGCUCCGUCCUCUCCAUCCUCGAGACCUUCUCCUGAUCGCUACCGUCGUGGUCAGCGACGUGCUGAGCCGGCAAGCCUGACUCCAUCAUCUGCGUUAACUACCGUCGCUGCAGCGCCGCUGAGUCCAUCGGCAACCCCUGACGCAGUCUUGGGCGAGAAGUACCCCGCAUUGUCAUUUUCUAGACCUCAGAUCCCGGAACUCAAGACGAACUUUUCCCAGCACAGCCGAAAUGCCAGUGCUGACAACGUUCCCAACACUGACAAACCUGCGCCAGAGCUCGCAAAGAGAUAUCGACGUAGGAGUCUUGGAAGCUUGGACAACGCCGCCCUUCUUAACUUUGCACCUUCAGAGUUCUCUCCAAAGGUCAAGUCUCCUCUUGGUUCCGCGGAAUCACCCCUGAAAUCGCAGACGGAUUCGCCCCAGAUGCCGCCCUCUGUUGUUGGAAAUCGGUUGGAAACUCCCUCUCGUUCGUCGAGCCUGGGCUCUACUCAACCUAGCGCCUCCAAGCCUAAUUCCAAAUCGGUUAACCAGACACCGUCACGACCUGCCGAAGUAUCACAACGCGCUAAUUCCUCCCCUCUCUCCAAGGCCUCUAAAAUGAAUGUAGAUGAUUCACAAAAGAAGCCCGAUGGGAAAUCCCGAGAUGCACCCUCCGAUCAGACCAAAUUCCAAAGCGCGGCUGCAAAGCGACUCACCGAGAUCUCGAAGAAAGGUGGGAAAGGGAAAUCGAGACUACGACGAGCACUCUCCUUCAGCAGUGUCGCAGAGCUUCGUGUUGCCUCUUCACCUGAAGUUCCAGAAAUGACCCGCAAGCAGCAGCUCGAUGAAGAACUCGGUGCCGAGCAAGCCGCCAUCGCUGAAAAGCAGGAGGCUAGUGGUCUCGGUGAGAACAUCUACACGAGCCAGCGCCAUUUUUUCACAGGUUCGACUGAUAACAUCUCGGUCUCAUCCACCGCAUCCUCUGCGUCUAUCAUGCUGCGUAAGAUGGGCAAGAACGUUAAACGAUCUACUCGGUCACUUGUGGGGCUAUUCCGACCCAAGUCUCUGCAUAAUGUCUCGCUCGAGACUGGUCGGGAAGAGCCAAUGGUGCCUCAGGUUUCAAGAGUGACGGUCGAGGCUCAGCGUGAGAUGCCAUCUGCCGCCAUAACGGAGAGUCCAAGUGGUAGUCGAGGAAUCCAGCGAAAUUCAGAAGACACAACAGGCUCUGGAAGGAGUGCUGAGCAGACCGACAGUGUUCGUUCGCGCAAGAGUAUCUUGGGUGGAGAUAAGGAAAGGGCUGAGGUUCUAGCUGCGGUAAAGAAGGGCAUUCUCAAGAAAACACUUCCUGGUUGCUCUUCUCCAGCUAUGCGACCGUCAGAGGCUCGUUUCGCUGAGUCUCCACACUCCAGUGCGCCCAGCACACCACGCGAUGAGCGGCCCCCGGGCUCUGGUCAUCGUCGUACAGACUCUGUAACAAUUGAAGGCGAAGAAUAUUUCCUUCCGCCUGGCCGCUUUAGUGGCGCUAGAGCAAGCAGCGCUCCAGUCACACCCCAGAAUACCGUCAAGAAUAUUUCUUUCAGCCCUAGAAUUCAGUUUCAUGAUACAUGGCCUAGCGGCGAAUAUGAUCGUCGUGGGGAUAUUGCGACUUGUAAUCGUUUGACUCCUCUUUUGGCUCAGCAGAUCAAGGAGGAGCUUAAUACUUUUAAAAUGGAGAUGGAAGUGCAUGAAUCAUCCAAAGUCUAUACACACUUCUUUUAACGAUUCUGCAUCACCGGCGGCGUUUUUUUCUCCCGCAAAGAAUUUCUUUUCCUUUUUUUUUUUUCCUCUAGCGAUUUCCUAUGUGUAUUAUUUACCAUACUCUUUUUGUCCUGAUCGUUCUCGAUGCGAAG